UACAUGUGUCUAAUGUUCACUAUUUGCUGACAUUCUAUAGACAAAACUGUGAAUCAAAUCAUGAAGAAAACAAUCAGCAGAAAAAAACAAUAGCAAAAUAAUACAUUUUAGUUACACCUGCAGGCACAUCACUAAAUACACUUUUUAUGCAGUGUCUUCCCCUUUAUACAUCAAUACACAGACACAAUCAUAAAAGAAUGACCACAAGUUUAUUAUAUAUGCACUGGUGGAGACACAGUGUUUUAGAAGGAUAAUACAGAUAUUAUAGUAGAAAGUAUGACACAAAUGUGAAAAUGUGCUGCUAAAGAUUGCAUGGUUCACUUCCUUUUAAGCUGCAUUACAGCUGAUAUCAUAAACUGGGAGUUGUCUAAGGAGAUUAAACUUUCUAAUAACUUGAAUUCACCAGGAAUCAUUCAUUUCUAUAAGAAAACACACUGUGAUGGUUUACGAUUUUAUUCUUGUUAUUUUAAACCUCACUUUAGUUCUUCCCUAUGAACUUGAUUACUUUAUUAACUUUAAUAAAGCUAAAUUAGUAACAUCACUGGGUGUUCUUUUUUUUGUGGUGUUAAGGUGCAAAAUGAAAUAGAAAAUGCAAACAUGAAUAUUUUCCGGGUGCCAUAUUUGAAUGGGUCCACGCUUGGUUGGACUCUGGGUUUAAGGAAGCUUGUCCGCCCGGCAGUCGGAGCGGAGGGGGACUCGGCGGUGAGAGCUUCGGGCGGAGCGGGAGCUGCUGACGGACACCGAAGAACCUCCACGACGGCUCUCCGAACACCUCAAACCGACCCGGCUGUGGCUACACCGUAAGCGGCUGGCUUCGCGUCACGUUCAGGCUGAACAAUGUGAUUGUGAUCGGAGGCAGCAGCGCUCCAAUGGUCGAGGACCUCACCACCCUUCACUAGAAUGUACUUGAUGAACGUACCUCCUGUCGCAGCGACGCAAACAGAAUGGAGAACAUGUGGCCCACCUGGAGGCUAUAGCCUUCCAGCCUGCUUCAAUGACUCUGACACAGAGUUGUCCACCAGAGGCACACCCAUCUCAGACAAGGUCCAGAUGAUCAUAGAGAGCCUUCGGAGCACCCAGUCCUCGCUCGAGAUGGGCGACGAGAUCGAGGGAAAUGUGCUAUCAGGACAGGAGGGUCAUCCCCAAGUCUGCAAGGUUGCAGUGGGUUCUUAUGUGGGAGCAAAGUCCAAAACUAAAAGCCCCACUGAAAACCCGCAUGCGUAUAUUUCCUCCCCGAACAACCACGAGAGCAGUGGCUCUGACAGUGAUGAUUCUGUGGACAGAGGAAUCGAGGAGGCAAUACUGGAAUACCUGAAAGAAAAGGAUGAUCACAAGCGCAAGGGGGAACCAUGCUCCACUUUUCUCCAACCAUCCAAUAUUCCUAGAAAAAAUCCAGCCAUUCCAGAGGUUUCCAGGCAGAACUCUGACAGCAAUACAUUCUUGAUUGCGAGUAGCCAGUUUCCUAAAAGUGUCAAAGUCGAGACCCCUGCUGCACCAGCUGGUAUACCUAUAAAAAAGUAUAUCAAAAACAAGGCGUCCCUAAAUGAAAACGCAUUUAAGGACUUUGAAUCGAAUAAAAGUUCAGCUAAAAGUUUAGUCAGUUCAAAAGAACAGACAAAGAGCCCCUCAAAAUCAAUCAGCCUCUUCAACAAAACUGUCAAAUUACCAAUCCCGAUGAAAGUGAAGGAAGAGUCAAAUGAUUCCAGCAGUGAUGACGGCAUCGAAGAGGCCAUUCAGAGAUACCAGUUGGAAAAAAAGGUGCAGCAGAAUAAAAGGGAAGUUUUCCACCCGCACGUUUUUGAAGAGGAGUCCGACUCCACGAGCGAUGAUGGGAUUGAAGAGGCCAUUCGGCGCUACCAGCUCGAGCAGCUCAAGGAGAAGAGUGUCCUGAAACCAUUCCUACACAAGCAAAAACCCUUCAGCAAGUCACUAAUGCAUGCUGUUGGAAGCAUGAACGUGGAAAACAUGAAGAAACACAAGCUGAAGAAAAAACGGAGCAAAACAGAGAAAGAGAUGAAAUCUUUUCAACCUUCUCCUUCAUCUCUUUUCAUACCCAAGACUACACUUUCAGAAAGCUCCAAAAGCAAAGGAAAUGGAGUACUUUCGUUUAAAGCAGAAAGCUUUAAGGAGCAACCAGCCCCUGCACCUUCAAAGGUGAAUACAAGUGCAGAACUCAUGUGCGCUGAGGCAAUACUGGACAUUUCAAAAACUGUGAUGCCUGAGGCCUUCCAGCAUAGUGUUGGCCUCAGCAGUUGUGCCACCACCAAAUCUUCCUUGCAGUCUUCUAUUCCUGACAGCUGCUUGUAUGAAGAAAGCAAUGACAGCUCUGUUGAUAGCGAAGAUGGGAUUGAGCAAGAAAUCAGGAAAUUUCUUGAACAGAAGGCUCAAAUGCACAAACAACCACCCAGCUCUGCUGUGAUUCAAGAGCCUCAUUGUGCAAAUGAACCAGAACAAGCGAAAGCAAAAGAAGGGACUUUCCAAAAGAAACCACACAGAUUGUCUUUAACCCAGAAAAAAAGACAGAAAGAGAAAAGCUUUAGUGUUUGCAACAUGUCAGGCACCAACAACAUUGUUAAAGAAGCAACCAGUAAGGCUUCGCCUGAGCACACGGAAGAGUCAAACACCUUAGUACCUUCCCAGAGAAGUCAAACACAACCAAUCACUGGAAUACACAAGACAGACCAAAGUGGAGACAAAAGCAGCUCACUUGACAGCGAUGAGGAUCUAGACACUGCGAUAAAAGACCUGCUCAAGACAAAAAAGAAGUCAAAGAAAAAGAACCGAGACUUAAAGCGGAAAUCAAGGAAGUGCCUCAAAGAUGAAGAACCACUGUUAGGAAGUGCUUCAGAGGCUAAAAAGUUCAAACCCGAUACGAUUUCCAAGUUUUGCGCUUUGAAAAAAGUCCACAAGAGCAAGGGGGACAUGAAAGACAAGUCUGCAUUGAAUAAAAGGAGUGUUUCACAACUUAAGCAAAUUCAGAAAAGUAAGGAGCAUGAUAUGCAUGAAGGUGAACCAGAGAGACUGAAAGGGGCGGAGAAUCGAGACACUCAAUUACUGCAGACUGUUGAAGCUGCUGCUCAGAUAAAGGAAGAUAGCAGCUCUGUGGACAGCGAUGAUAGCAUCGAGCAGGAGAUCAGAAGGUUUCUGGCUGAAAAGGCCAAAGUUUCCACUGCAGAUAAAAGUAAAGACGGAGACGUGUCGAGGAAUGGUACUGUUCUGGUUUGUACCCCACUCAGAGAAGAAGACAUUAAACAGGAAAAUCAGCUGGCUGAGAUUCCAAUAAAAAGUAUCAGUCCUCUCUCUGGACAGUGUCCUCUCAUUAGUCCAGCUCAAGAUAGACCACUUCUUUCACAGAGUUUGCUGCCCGACAUGUCUACUGUUGCUGCACAUUCACACCUGCCCUCGGUCCAGUCGGGCAGCCCCAGUCUUUUGGAGCCAGCGGAUGGAGCAGGUGCAGCCAGAACUGAGCAAAGGAGGCCUACUGCUGGGAGAGGCAUCGUCCACAACGUCACGCCACAGACGGAGAGAGUUCGACCGGUUUUGAGUCUUAGCGCUGCUCAUUCUUGCUCAGAGUCAAACAAGUGGCGUCAGAGCCUGGGACUCCCUACUUCUGAUUCGAGGGCUCUCAGUCGGACUCCAUUCCAUAUCACCUCGUCUGAAAUCAGCGAGACUGCAUCAGCAACUCUGCCAUAUCAAAGCGGGGCCAUCAGUCACAAAUUACAGACUCCAGGCAGCGUUUGGUCCUCUGCAAGGACCGGCAGAGCGCCGUUCGCCUGCUCGACAGAGACAAGUGUAAAUACCCCGUUCAGAUCCUCUGUUUUGAAUUUUGUUUCUACUGCCAGGCAGCAUCCAAGGAUGUCCUUUACACGGAGCCUUAUGCCUGCCUACAGGUCCCAGUGCUCUAUGGAAGAAGAUAAACAGAGUAUGGUGCACAUGUCCAAGGACAAAAGUGUGUUUGUCGAACUGGAAUCUAACAGGACCAACCAUGUCCAGGUUCAAAGCAGGGACAGGAGCGAGGGAAAGGAGAGAGUGGACUUGCUAAGUGAGAAAAAAAGAGAAGGCGAGAGCAUGAAGCUAGGUAAUAAAGAAGUACAUCGAGAGAGAAACGAGGAAGAAUUUGUAGAUGAGACAGAUUGUGAAUCAGGCGACAGGAGAAAUCCAGAAAAGAAGCAGGGCUUUUCCACAUUGUCUUUGUCCAGUGCCAUUGACCCUGGCAUCACCUUCAGCCCUUGCAUAGCUCUAACAUCAGAGGAGAGAGGCAGGAUGUUCAGCAGGAGGUAUCUGGCUGAAAAAUGCAAGGAGGGGAUGUCGUCUCUCUGCUGUGUUCCUCUGUUCAACAGGACUUUAAAGCAGGUCAAAAGAAAGCUUCAGUUUGUUGAGGUGAACAGGUAUGUGAUUGCACACAGUAGGUUUAGUCUCCUCCGUGAAAGGUCACAAAUGAAAUUUCUUAGACAGCUUUCCUCUUUUUACAGGUGAAGGGACACACCCAGGCCAGCACAGCAUUACAGACAAAGCUUGACUUUUGAUUUUCAACAAUCUAUAUAGACUGUUUCACUUUAAGAUCUAUACAAGUUGUUUAGCAUUUGUUUUGCAUGUUAUUGAGUUUUCAUUCAUCACAUGUGUUGCUGGUUUUCAGUAUAUAAGCUAAUGCAAUUUUAAUAUUUUGGAUUUUGUCUGUUUAGGAAAUUGUUAUGAUCAAUUUUGAAAAUAGAAGUUGUGUAACAGAUAAGCUACAGUUCAUUGGUUUCCUUCAUGCAAGCAUUGAAGGGCAGUUUUUCUUUUUGCAGGUUAAAAUGUAAAUGUUAAAGCCCAGGAAGCCUUUGAGUGUUCUACAGUCAAUCUUCAGUACAUUUGCACAUGUAAUUUUUCUUUAUAUGGUCCCCCUAUGGAUAACCUAAUACAAAAUAGAAAAUGUAAUUCAUACAUGUGCGUACACAUUUACUUUUCAUUCUACAGUUGUUUUGUUAGAUAUUGUAUCUUUAUUUACACAUGUUUGUUCUGUAUCAGUUUAUUUGUUCAAAUUAAGGUUUCCUUCUCUAAGAACUUUAACGAUUACCCUGCUGUUGGUCUUGUAUUUGUGUUGAAUAAAGUUGGGCAGUUUAAAAAGA